AUGGAGUCCGUGUCAAUCCCUUCACUAGUUGCAGGACUUAUUGACUGUGUAGCCCAGUUAAUAAGGAUAGCAGAGGAGCUGUUGCAGUUUAUCUCACAGGAACAAGCUCCCUCUGUCCAGCAGAAUGUUAGAGCAGAAGAGGCGGAAGCAGUCGCCCCUCCUCCUGGGGAAGAUUUCCUACCAGAUCUUGCUGAUCUUUCUGAUUUAGAAUCAAUACUGUCAGUCAGAGAAGAUGAAGACCUAAUCCUUGAUAUGGAUGAAACUAUGAUCGAUAUGAACAGCAUAUAUGAGGAUAUACUCCUUGAAAUAAGUGAUGAUACAGAAAGUGAGUAA